UCAACUGUACAAAGUUGGCACAGUUGCCUUUGGACUUCUAUCUCUUCUUCUGCUCGGUGUUAUCAUUUACGUUGCUUGCCAUAUGGAAGUGAGAAGUAGAACCUUAACAGAAGAGAGAAGUGAGCUCAAGAAGACACUGAAUGACUUAGUUUCGAAGCAAAAUUCCUUGACUGAAGAGAGAGACAAUUUGACGAGGAUAAACUCUGAUACUGAGGCCAGAUUAACAGCAAUCUCGCUGGAAAGAGAUGAGCUGAAGAAGAGCCUCAACAUUACAGAUUCCCAGCUUCGCUCAGUGACUGAAGAGAGAGACAGGUUGAUGGUGAAAAUUGGAUGGAGGAUUUUCAGAGGCAGUGCGUACUACAUGUCUUCUACAGAAAAGACUUGGCAGGAAAGUAGAACCUACUGUCAGUCCGUAGGUGCGGACCUGAUAAUUAUCAACAGCAAAGAAGAACAGAACUUUGCAAACAGUUUCCAGACGUACAUGUGGAUCGGCUUAACUGACUCAGAGACGGAGGGAAGAUGGAAAUGGGUGGAUGGGAGUCCACUGACCACAAGCUACUGGUACGACGGUGAGCCGAAUGGUAACACAGUAGAAAACUGUGGUGAAAUAAAGACUUUCACCGCAGAGAGAAGCUGGAAUGAUGGAACAUGUUCUCGCUCACUUAAAUGGAUUUGUGAAAUGAAGCUUUCCUAAUAGUAGUGCUAAU